AUGGCGGAGAAAGGCGGUAAAGGGUCUGCUCUGCCGCGAGGGAAGGGCGUGUCGAAGUCGCCGGCGGGAAAAGCAGGUCCUUUCCUCUUCCCUCGUCCUCCGCCGCACGUUGGUAGAUUCAUUGCGGUAGAGUUUUCGGACUCGGUGACUCGGAAGUUUGCGGAUUAUGACUCGUUGGCUUGCGGAGCAUCACCGGUCUCUUGACUCUCCGAGAAUUGAGAUAUCCAUUCUUCCUCGGUGUAGAGAUUCAGGUUCUUGCGUCGAUCAUGAAAUGCACUUGGUUUGCAUGUGCUUUUCGCGAGGCCUUCUGCAUAUUGGAGGCUAUUUGCUCCUUUGAGGUUCACUAAUUGGGGAUGGAAGGUGUUUACAAUAUCUUCUUUCGGAUAUCGUCCGAGUUUUUGCCCGAGAUUUUGGACUUUUGGUUGCGCAACCAUUCCUCCCCACCUGUUCUUUUUCUGUGAUGAGUAUGCAUGAAUUGGUACUGCGCUCGCCCAGUUGAGUUUUGGGUUUGAAUCUACGAUUCUUCGAGAUGCACGCUGGAGGCUCAUCAGGCUCAAUACUGUAGUGAAAGGGAGCAAGAUGGAGAGCCCGGAUAGCUCUUAGGCCUUGGAACUGAGUUCUGACUCUUCCACAAUCAGAUUGAUCCUUACAAGUCAAUGCGCUUGGAAUCUCUCUCUCUCUCUCUCUCUCUUUCUAUCUCCCUCUCUGUCCCCGAAAACUAUCACAGCUUAUCGAAUUAUGAACACCUUGAUCAUCAUGGAAUCGGAAAGAAAAAGAUGGGAGCUCUUCAAGGAGUAGGAGUGGAACCCAUAUUGAAUCUUUAUAUUCCGGUUCUAAUGCUUCGGCUCCUGCUUCCUUUCUCAACUUCCUUUCUCUUUUUUCGAAUUAUCAUCUCUCUGAACCUAUAGUCAACUCUAUGUUUAUAUGAUCACUGUUUCAUCCAUUUUUUUUUGGGUUGGCUUUUGACUUAUCAAUGUUCAUCGCUAAGAUUCUGUGAAGGACAUCUCGGGAGGUUCCUCAAAGGCAAGCAGAAAGGGUUCAUCUGCGAAUUCCAAGGCUCCCAAGAAGUUGGAGACCGACGGGAAGUCUCCCUUCGUAUCCCCUUCUGGGAAAGGUGACGGUUCAGAUUUCACUACUAAAAUUUCCCCGUUUCUUUUCCUGAGCCGAUUUUUUUUCCUAAUUAUUUAAAAAUAUUUUUAUGUUCUAGUCCAUGCACCAAAGUUCGACAUUAUCUAAAAGCUGUACGAGCUAUAUUGUGCAAGGCAUUUUCUUCCUUGGUUUACUGUUUGACUGAUGUCAGGUCUGAUCUUUAGGUGAUUGGGGCAAAGGGGGAGACACUGACAAGGCUGGGAAAGAUGGAGAGAGGGGAAAAUCGCCUAUUGCAAAAAUAUUGUCUGAGGUAGAAUUGAAGCUAGAAUCCGGUCAGUAAGUAAAUGGUCCAAAUGAAUUUUCCUCAUUUAUAGAUUUUUUCUUUUAAUAAUAGUUUUAUCGUUCUUAAGCUUCGAUGUGGAUUCCUUUUUCCCAUUUUUAUAAUUUUUCUGCUGGUUUUUUCUCAGACAAAGCUAAUUUAUGUAGAGAUUUACAGUUUUUGCUGUAUAUUUGGGAUGCAUCUUCUCUGAGGGAAGACAUCGAUCAUGGUUGACUUUAUCGUUCAUCUCAGAUCUCCCGAAGAACGUCAAAAUCCUGAAGGACUGUGAAGCAGCAACCAUCUUAGAGGGAAUCCAAGACCAUCUCCUGAUACUAUCAGAUGAUCCGAAGAUCAAGAUACCAGAGUGAGCCUUGUGGUUGUGUCAUAUUUUCAAAAUUAAACUGCUAGAGCGACCGAGUUUCAUCUUCUACCCAUUGACCAUACAUAUGAUCUUCCGUUGCAGGUCAUUUGGCAAGGCGCUGAAGUACACCCAAAAUCUUGCUCAACGCUAUACCAAUCCCCAGGAUGUGGCACAAGCUUUAGAGUAUCCGAGCCUAGCCUCAUAUGAUCAGUCUCCAUCCUUCCUCAGUAGAAGUCAAUGGCAAUCAUUUGAUGCGGGUAACUCAUCAACUAAAUAAGUUGAAUGCAUGGUAUAUGGAAUAAUUCAAAGUGGAAAUAUUGAUGAUAGUUUGAUAAUUGAAUCAUUUUUCCUACGAAUCGGUUUUUUAUGCUGUGGGAUUUGUUCUCCGGGUUCAAGAGAGAUCUUCCUAAAAACUUUGUUUCAUAGGUUUCUAAUGGAUUUAAGCUUUAAUAAAGUGAAUGAUCGAUGGCAUGAUUCAUGUGGAAUGUCGAUAAAAGUUAGAUAAUUCUAUCAUUUUCUUCACUUAUUGAUUAUUUCAUUUAUGCCGUGGAAUCUGGUCUGUGGGUUCAAGAGAGGUCUCUCUUAAACCCCCCCAUUCUUGAAUGGCUUUCUAAUGGAUUUAAACUUUAUAAAAAUAAACUAUUUAUGGAACAGUAAGUAUGAUCAAUAGUUUUUCUUCAUAUUAUGUGAUUGGCCCAUGUUCUAAUAGGUUUCCACCGAACUUCAACUUUAUGAAAUCAAUCAUCUAAAGAAACAUUCAAGUGGUCUAUUGAUAAUAUUUAGAUAAUUAAAUCAUUUUCAAGGCGUGUUGGUUAUUUUGGUUGUGGGUUCAAGAAAAAUCUUUUCUUAUGGAGGACCCUUGACCUCAAUUCAAGGAAACUGAAGAACUCUGGAGCUACUGAUGGAGAGGUGAGAAAAACCCUGCUCCUUCCCAAUCCCAGAUCAUUCUGAAACAGGCAAUUCCCAUCGAUCUUGAACUUCAUCUGUUGGCUCAGAUUUGCAUGAUCUCCAACGCCGGCCCUGAGACCAUAGACGAGGUCUAUGCUCUAGUUCCAUCCUUGAAGGUGAGAUCAAUUCCAGUUUUGGAAAGCCUCAUUGCACUGGGUCCUGGUCUGCCUAUCAGUGUCUUCUUCUUUCUUCUUCAGGACAACAGGGACAAGAACAUGGGGCCCAUUGGGGAGGCCUUGGCCGAGCUGGCCAAGCUGAAGCAGCCCAAGCGGGGGUGUUCUUGA